AUGUCGUUUAAUAAUCAUUUGGCAUUUAACGUGAUGAAGUCUAAUCCGACGACUUCCACGACUAAUACCAAUACAACCUCGAUAUCACAACCUACAUCAAAUAUUAGUGACUCAGGGCCUGCUUCAAAAUCACCAUUGAUCCAAAAUAUAUUGUCGAGAUCAGCAAUGCUGGAGAAUUCUCCUCCUAAAAGUUCAUCGGGCCCAAGUACACUGGGAAGCUCUUCUCCCAAAUUCGGUACCCCUAGUUCGGCAAGUGGUAGUGAAGCGACGGCAACAAUCGUUACAGUAAGCGAAAAUUUGAGGAGCAUGAACGCAGCAGACAACAAGAACGAUAACAGGGCAGAUUUAAGAGGCUUAUUCGACAAGUUUGAUAUUAGUAGCCCCAAGGAAAGUGAUAAUGAAGAGAGUGACAGUAUACAAGGGGAAAAACUGUAUAGUCAGGGAGAGUUAUCCUCUCCCAAUGAGGAUCAUAAGUCUAAGGAGAAAGAUAAGAUUACGGAUGAUAAAGUCGAAAAAAAUUUUGUGAGCUCAUUUGGAGAUACCGAAAAGGAAAGUCAGUAUAGGGAAGAUGAGAAGGAAAUAUCGCAUGAUAGCUAUAACUAUGAGCACAAAGAAAAUGCUUUUGGUUCGAACCACGGUGAGCAAUUAGAGAACAAUCCGAGCUUAUCUGAGGCACUUGACUCCCACAACGGUAAUUGUAUACGAGCAUCGGAGCUGAGACCUAUCAAUUCCUCGCACUCAGGCUCUCCAAAAUCCAUCAACGAGGAAUCAGCUCCUCAAAAAACGCCGGAGAAAAGAGAAAAGUAUCUUUCAGAUAUAACAGGAAGCAUUGAUGAGCAAUCAUCGGCCGUUGAGGAAUUCAGGUUGAGCAAGGAUGAUUUUGCACAGCGAGGAGGUGCACAUGAAGGAGAGACACUGUCAGCUGGUAAUGCAAGUAUAAAUAAAAAGGCCCAUAAGGCGAGGGCCAACAUUAAUCCUAAUGAUCAAUAUCAAGAAUCACAUAAACCGUUUGAUUUUCAACAUUUUUUAAGUCACUUAAGGGAGAAAAGCGCUGAUCCAAUUGUAAGAUACAUCAGGUCUUUCCUAGUGUCGUUUACAAGACUAGGGUAUACAUUUACUCCUGAACAGAAGAUUAAAAUUAUUGCUGACUUUAAACUAUUUAUGAAUGAUAAGUUUACAAUGUAUGAGCCAUUUGCUUCUAUGGAUGAUAUUGACCUUGAAAAUUCUCGGGAAGGGUUGGAAAAGUUGAUAAUGAAUAGAUUAUAUGUUCACUGCUUUCCUCCCGAGCUUCUGAAAGAAUUCCCUUCAUACAUCCUGGAUUCCUUCGCGAAGGACUUGGAAGAUGAUGCAACUUUCGAUUUACAACUUGAAAAAUUCAAAUGGUUGAAUGGAGCUCAUCUUGAUGUUAACCUUAAAAAUAUGGCAGGUCAGGGCAAUGGUAACUUAAAUUUUAUCGAAUAUGCCGUAAAUGAAUUGAACAAAAUUAAUGUAUUUAGAGCUCCAAGGGAUAAAAUCAUUUGUAUCUUGAAUGCUUGCAAAGUGAUUUUUAGUUUUUUGAAGGUAAAUGACCAAGAAACAAAUGCAGAUUCUUUUAUUCCGAUAUUGAUCUUGGUGAUUUUGAAAGCAAGGACAAAAAACUUGGUAAGCAACAUGCAUUAUAUAGAGAACUAUAGAAGCGAUGAAUGGUUGUCGCAUGGUGAAACUAGUUAUUAUUUGUCUUCAUUGCAGGGAGCUAUUGACUUUAUUCUGAAUUUAACUAUUGAUGAUCUAACUAUUGAUGAAGAUGAGUUUAAAGCACAUAUGGAGGCGUGGGACGAAGAAAGAAAACAAAUGCAGGCUCCUCCAAUGCCGACCGAAAUACGACAGCCGCAGCCACAACAUGCUGGCCAGAAUUCCUCUCGCGCAAUGCAGACACUUUCCCCAAGUAGCGUUCUACUAACUAGUGCGGGCUUAGUAUCAAAAUCAAUUUCAAAUUUUUUAUCUCCCUCUCCUCAGGGUCAGCCUACUCGAGAGUCACCAAAUAGCCCUGCCCAUGAAAAUCCGCAACCAGAUAAUAACGAAGUUAAAUUGAAGUCAUGUUAUAAGAAUUUACGUGAGGUUUUCCCUAACUUAGAUAAGGAAAUAUUGAAGGAUAUCGCCUUCCUUAAUAAAGGGGAAAUAGAGAGCUCUAUUGAUGCAUGCCUACAAAUAGUCGCAGAAACGUAA